CUCGUUUGAGACCUCAGCAAAAGUUUUCUAUCAAAUAAUAAAACUUAAUUUGUUAAAAAUGUUGAUUUGGUCUAGAUUGGCAAAAGCUUGUGCCAGAAUUGGGUUUAAGACAAAUCAUCAAGUUGGCCAACCUGCAAAGGUGAACUUUUCGUUGCAGACGCGUAGCCUUCACAGUACACCUCUGCUUAAGGAUGAUGACGACAAAUGUAAGUCACCUGAGGAUGCAUCGGUAAAGGGUGGAAAAGAAUCUGGCAAUAAAUCAGGCAAAGAUGACGGAAAGAUACUAGGAAAACGUCGCGAGGGAGUUAUUCACGCUGUCAUUGGACCUGUAAUCGAUGUUUACUUUCCUGAUGACAUGCCAGAAGUGUUAAAUGCCAUGGAGGUACAAGACGCCCCUAUUGGCCGGCUUGUAUUAGAGGUCUUCCAUCAUCUGGGUAACAAUGUGGUGCGCUGCGUCGCAAUGGAUUCCACAGACGGACUUAGGCGUGGUCAGAAAGUUCUCGAUACUGGAUACCCUAUUAGGGUGCCCGUGGGCAAAACUGUAUUAGGUCGAAUUUUGAACGUGGUGGGUGAUCCAAUAGACGAACGCGGCGAGGUAAAGAGCGAGUUCUACUCAUUUAUACACAAUGAAGCUCCGCUCUUGUCAGAGUUGAGUGUUAAGCCUGAGAUUUUGGUUACGGGCAUCAAAGUGAUUGAUCUGCUUGCCCCAUAUGUAAAGGGCGGAAAAAUUGGUCUUUUUGGCGGAGCUGGUGUUGGCAAAACGGUGCUAAUUAUGGAGCUUAUCAAUAACAUUGCCAAGUCACAUGGUGGCUACUCAGUGUUUGUUGGCGCCGGGGAGCGCACACGGGAGGGUAACGAUCUGUAUCAUGAGAUGAUCGAGACUAAGGUAAUUUCCCUUGAGGAUGAUACGUCGAAGGUGUCGCUCGUUUAUGGUCAGAUGAAUGAGCCGCCAGGCGCUCGCAGUCGCGUUGUCUUGACUGGCUUAACUAUUGCCGAAUACUUUCGGGAUAUUGAUGGACAAGAUGUACUACUGUUUAUCGAUAAUAUAUUCCGUUUCACUCAAGCUGGCUCCGAGGUGUCCGCGCUGCUUGGUCGUAUACCCUCUGCCGUUGGAUACCAACCCACGCUCGGCACAGACAUGGGUACCAUGCAAGAGCGAAUUACCAGUACCAAAAAUGGUUCAAUUACUUCCGUGCAAGCGGUCUAUGUGCCGGCUGAUGAUUUGUCUGAUCCGGCACCAGCUGCUACGUUCUCCCACUUGGAUGCAACAACGGUACUAUCCCGUCCAAUAGCGGAAUUGGGCAUUUAUCCAGCUGUGGACCCGCUGGACUCUUCGUCACGUGUUCUUGAUCCCGAGAUUGUGGGUGAAGAGCAUUAUAAUGUCGCCAGAGCCGUACAGAAAACGUUGCAGGGUUACAAGUCUCUGCAGGAUAUCAUCGCUAUUCUUGGCAUGGAUGAACUCUCUGAGGAAGACAAACUAACGGUGGCACGGGCUCGCAAAAUGCAACGUUUCCUUUCGCAGCCAUUCCAAGUAGCUGAGGUGUUCACUGGAACUCCGGGCAAACUAGUGCCUGUAGCUAAGUGUGUGGAUGGGUUUAAGCGAUUACUAAACGGCGAAUACGAUGACAUACCGGAAAUAGCAUUUUACAUGGUCGGGGACAUAGACGAAGUGUUGGCCAAGGCAAAUCAGUUGGCAACGAGCAUGUCCGCCGAUGGGCCUACUACGCCUCCGCCCAAGGAAGCACCUAAAGAUGAUAAAAAACAAAAGGAUGAUUCGAAAGCUGGGGGCGACGCCAAGGCUCCCAAAGCAGAAGCUAAAGAUGCAAAGAAGCCAGAAAAGGGAAAAGAUGGCAAAGAUAAGCCAAGUGAGACUACGGCAAAAGACACAACGGUCAAGGACAAGAAAGACAAGAAGGAUGAUCCAAAAGGCAAGAAGGAUGAUCCAAAAGACAAGAAGGAUGAUCCAAAAGACAAGAAGAAAUAGAUUUCAGAAUUCUAUAUAAAAAAAUAUAAUUACAGCAUUUUAUUACAAUAGAAAUACGCAGUUUAUAUGAUUGAGAUCAAAGGACAGCUCGUCCAAGAAAUGCCGAAAAGCUUCGGAAGUCUCAUAUAUCCCUGUUAUCGAUUGAUAUGAAUUGCCAAAGAAUUGCCACACGAU